GGGGACGCGGGGAGCUCCCCCGGAGGUGGUCCCUGCCUCGGGUGCUAGCUCCUUUCCUCUUGCGUGGAGAAGUAGAGGCCAGACUUAUUUACAAGCCCAGCUACUACUGAUGAAGAUGUGUUGGGAGAGUGGCUGCUGAAAUUGACCUUUACUGACCCGAGACAGUUUUAUUUGUUUUACUUGUUUAUCCCCCUGCUUUGAGUUUUACUGCAACGGCUGAGAAACUUAAAAAAUAAAAUAACAUGCUGUGGUCUUGAACCUUGUUUCUGAGGAAAUACUGAAGUACCAAAGUGGAAAGCCAGAAUGGCAGCCAGAGAGAGGCUCUUUGAACUUUGGAUGCUUUAUUGUACAAAGAAAGAUCCAGAUUACCUGAGACUAUGGUUGGACAAUUUUGUUUUAAGUUAUGAACAAUUUUUAGAUGUUGACUUUGAAAAGCUUCCUACCAGGGUAGAUGAUAUGCCUCCAGGAAUAUCUUUGCUUCCUGAUAAUAUUCUUCAGGUUUUGAGGAUCCAGCUGCUACAUUGUGUUCAGAAAACAGCAGAUGGGUUAGAGGAACAGCAACAAGCAUUGUCAAUUUUGCUCGUCAAAUUCUUUAUUAUUCUUUGCAGGAAUUUAUCAAAUGUAGAAGAAAUUGGGACUUGCUCCUAUAUUAAUCAUGUUAUUACCAUGACAACACUGUAUAUUCAGCAAUUAAAAAGCAAAAAAAAGGAAAAGGAAAUGGCUGAUCAGACAUCUAUUGAAGAAUUUGUGAUCCAUGCAUUGGCAUUCUGUGAAAGUUUAUAUGAUCCUUAUAGAAAUUGGAGACAUAGAAUUUCAGGACGAAUCCUUAGUUCUGUGGAAAAGAGCAGACAGAAAUACAAGCCAGCUUCUCUCACAGUGGAGUUUGUUCCUUUCUUUUAUCAAUGUUUUCAGGAAAGUGAACAUCUCAAGGAAAGUCUUAAGUGUUGCUUAUUGCAUCUCUUUGGAGCCAUUGUAGCCGGUGGGCAGAGGAAUGCUUUGCAAGCAAUUUCUCCAGCCACCAUGGAAGUUCUCAUGCGAGUUUUGUCUGAUUGUGAUUCAUGGGAGGAAGGAGAUCCAGAGGAAGUGGGUAGGAAGAGAGAACUAACUCUGAAAUGUCUGACACAAGUGGUACAUAUCCUUCUUACUAGCAGUUCUGACCAGCGUCAGGUGGAAACCAGUACCGUACUGGAGAACUAUUUUAAAUUGCUCAAUUCAGAUCACUCAGCCUUACCCAAACAGAGGAAGUCCAUGCGGUGGGAAAGCCAGUUCAUAGUUCUGCAGAUUAAGAUGCUCAAUACCAUCACAGCCAUGUUAGACUGCGCAGACAGGCCUGUUCUUCAAGCCAUUUUCCUUAACAGUAAUUGCUUUGAACAUCUCAUACGACUUCUACAGAACUGCAAGCUAUUUUUAAAUGCUCACAGUAUGGUAGCAGACAAGAACGAGAAAGACCUUGCCAACCAAUUACUGACAGAGAUAAGUGAGGACCAGGUGUUUCAGGGGCGGUUAGAUUGUUUGGCUGUAUCAACAAUUCAAGCUUUGACAGCCGUGAUGAAGAAUUCUCCAGCUGCUAAGGAAGUAUUUAAAGAAAGAAUUGGCUAUAUGCACGUUUGAGGUAUUAAAAUCUUUGGGUCAGCCAUCACUAGAACUGCUUAAAGAACUUAU